AUGUCGGUUGAGGAAGCUUCUGAGCUGGCUCGAAGAGCAAUUUAUCAUGCGACAUUUCGUGAUGGAGCUAGUGGUGGAGUUGCUAGCGGUGAGGUAAUUUACGAAAAAUAUUCUCUAGAAUAUGGAACUGAUUGUCUGGAAAUGCACGUUGGCGCUGUCGAAACCGGUGAACGCGCUAUAGUUAUCGAUGAUUUGGUUGCAACAGGUGGAACACACUACUUAUUAUGUUGUGUUUUGUUGUCAUGCAGUUCAAUGUUCUUGGUCAAUCACUUGGCUUCUUUGGAUCCUGUUUGUAUGCCUAUUCUAAGCUCCAAGGAAAAUGAAGAAGACAAGUUUCUUGCGUUGUUCGUUUCGGUUAUGCUGUCAUUCAUUAGAGUUUUUAAUGUGAUGACUUUUUCUAGCCACAAGAUGCUUAUGGAUUGGAGAAGCUUGCAACAGAAGAGUUAUGCAAGCACUAUAACAAAGAUUUUGGAAUUGAGUGUCGCAUUGGGCGGUUCCAUAACAUAUAUGGCCCUUUCGGAACAUGGAAAGGUGGAAGGGAGAAGGCUCCUGCUGCUUUUUGUGGGAAGACACUUACUUCCACAGAUAAGUUUGAGAUGUGGGGAGAUGGAUUGCAGACACGGUCCUUCACCUUUAUCGACGAGUGUGUUGAAGGCGUGCUAA